AUGCAAAGCGUCUACGUCUACGAAUUUCCUCACUCGACCCACCACUUCUUAAAAACCGUACUUCUCACUCUCAAGCACUCUCUCUCCCUAACUCUCCAACACUUCUUCCCCUUCGCCGCCAACCUCGUAUGCCCUCCGCCGCCGGCAAAGCCCCACAUUCUCUUCACCGACGGCGAGUCCUCUGUCUCUUUCACUGUCGUCGAGUCCGCUGCCUACUUCGACUUUUUCUUGGGGAACCAUCCGCGACCCGUUGGAGAGCUACACCCGUUCAUCCCCAAGCUGCAGGCACCAACACGGGCGGAGGGCGGCUCACGUGUGGGCCCUCUCAUGGCUUUGCAAGUCACCGUUUUUCCAAACUCCGGGAUCUGCAUUGGCUUUCGGUUCUGCCAUGUGGCAGCCGACGGGAGGUCGUUUGACAACUUCAUGAAAUCCUGGGCGCUGGUUUGUAAGAGCGGAGGAGAUUUUGGUCCCGGUUUACAGCUGCCGUCUCACGACAGGGCGGCGAUCAAGGACCCAGAUGCCGUUGAGCUCAAGUUCUUGGAAAGAUGGUGGAGUUGGGCAUCGACGCUGGAGGAUCGUGAGGACGCACGACCAGUCGUUGAUUGUCGUGCUGAUUACGUUCGUGCCACGUUUGUUCUGAGCCAAGCACAAAUUGAGAGACUAAAACGUUUGGUCAGAAAUCAAUUAGCCAAGGAUGAAAACUCCACGCCGUUUAAUGUAUCGUCCUUUGUCGUUUCUUCUGCGUUAAUAUGGUUUUGCUUAGCCAAAUCAGAAGAAAUCACAGAGAGAAACAAUUCCAGUGUCAAUGAAGAUGAUGAGCCUUACUAUAUUAUCUUUGGAGCGGAUUGUCGAAGCCGACUCGAGUUUCCAUUACCAACGACCUACUUUGGAAAUUGCUUGAGGAUGUGUUUCGUACCGGUGACGAAGAAGGAGCUGUCAGGGGAAAAAGGCGUCGUCGCCGCUGCGAAGGCCAUAGGGAAGGAAGUUGGGAGAUUGAAGAGCGAAGCUCUGAAAGAGUUUGACGAGUGGUUUGUGAAGCACGGAGAAGCAACGAAACGGGGGAAACAUUUCGCCGUUGAGGGCUCAACAAAUUUAAGUGUUUAUGAGGCGGAUUUUGGAUGGGGGAAGCCUAAAAAGUGCAAUUUGGUCCAUAUUGAGGAAUCAAAUGCCAUCUCUCUUGUUGAGAGCAGGGACGAGAAAGGUGGGGUCGAAUUUAGUUUUGCACUAAGUAGAAAUCGAAUGACUCGUUUCAGUGCUAUCUUUGAAGAAAUGCUUUCUCAAUUUAUUUAG